AAAUUAGAGUUGCAGCUUAUUUACAAGUUGCCUUUUUUUUUUUGUAGAGUGCACAAAGAAUAUUUAGUGAAUGCUCUGAAGUUAGUAGUAGAGGUUAUUCAAUAUUAGAAGUAAUCAAAUGCUCAUCAUAAAGCUUUACUUUUUUUAACAUGGCUCUGUCUUUCUCACGUGGGGGGGGUUGAGUUACCCCCACAUUUCAAAGGUCACAGAGCGUAUUCCUGAGGCUUGUUUUUAGAGGCUGUGCCUGCAUUGGGCAGAGCGCACUUGCUUGGACUGCUGCCACUUUGUAAUUGAAGUCAGAUCUGUCCUGUGAAAAGACCAGAGGGAGACACCACCUCACGGAGGCAGUGGCAAGUGAGGCCCCUUCAAAGGAAGACUGUUCAGAAAGGAAGACUCAUGGAUCUCACAUCCACUGUCAUCAUCCCGCUGCUUUUUGGCAGCCUGGGGCUCUUCUCCCUUUUCCGGCUGCUGCAGUGGAUGCGGAUGCGAGCUUACCUCCGAGGGGCAGUGGUGGUGGUCACAGGGGCCACCUCUGGCCUGGGAAAAGAAUGUGCAAAGGCCUUCCAUGCAGCUGGCUCCAGGCUGGUGCUCUGUGGCAGAGACAGUGAGAAGCUCAAAGACCUGGCACAGGAACUUUCUGCCAUGACUGAUCACCGAAAGAACAUACAUAAACCUCACACUGUGGUAUUUGACCUCUCGGACACUAAAACCAUCCUAAAUGCUGCUGAAGAGAUUCUGAAGCACCUGGGUCAUGUGGACAUACUGAUCAACAAUGCAGGCAUCAGUUACCGAGGCACAAUUGUAGACACAGGUCUGGAUGUGGACAAGAAAGUGAUGGAAACAAAUUAUUUUGGUCCUAUAGCCCUCACCAAAGCGCUUCUCCCUUCCAUGAUCAAGAGGAGACAAGGCCAUAUUGUGGCCAUCAGCAGUGUUCAAGGCAAAAUAAGCAUUCCUUUCAGAUCAGCAUAUGCUGCCUCUAAACAUGCUACCCAGGCCUUCUUUGAUUGCCUGCGAGCAGAGGUUGAGCAGUACGACAUCGAUGUGACCGUUAUAAGCCCUGGAUACAUUCAAACAAACCUUUCUCUCAAUGCCGUAACAGCAGAUGGAUCUCGCUAUGGAGUUAUGGACAAGAACACGGCUGAAGGCAAGACAGCUGCAGAGGUCGCUCAGGUGGUUCUCUGUGCAGUGGGGCAGAAGAAGAAGGAAGUCCUUAUAGCUGGCCUAAAGCCCUCCCUGGCUGUAUACCUACGAAACCUCUUUCCCAGGCUUUUCUUCAACUUAAUGGCAGCUAGAGCAAAAAAGGAGAGAAAAACAAAGGACUCUUAGAGCUCAGCUCAUCUGAGCAGUAACUGUAGGGAGAGAGUAACGUCCUGCAGUUUGGCUGGGACAUCAGUGGAAGUGCUCCUGUGGGAAAAACCUUUCUCUAAAUGCUGCAACUUACCAUUGCAUGGAGAGUGGGAAGCAGUGUCCCCCACAACAGGGCAGGCCCAUGUGCCAGAAGACAGCACCUAAGCCUCUCUGAAGAAGGGUGCUUGGAACAAAGUGUGGGAGCUGAGGCUGCAGGGGAGGGUAACUGUAGGUAUGUACACACUUCACAGCAGGAGAAGCCCAUGUGUUGAAGGACACCACUUUACCUCAUCUCACCCCAGGCACGCUCAGCUUUACUGGCCUGCUACAAAUAAAACCCACUUGGUUUCCCUUCAUACACUCCAUGGCCUCUGUGAAAUACAGUCCCCAGCUGAGAGCUCGCAUGAUCAGUGUCUCCUUCCCACUCUUUCCAAUCUCAUCCAAAACACAUUGCUUGAAGUGGAAAACUUUGAGCCUCUGCUUGUUCAUGUGCCAAACCAUCUGAUACGUUAAGCUAAAGCUAAGUCCAGUGCCAUUUUUAAAAAGUAACUGAUGUAGAAUGCAGGUUUUAUUUGGGAAUGAUGUUAUCUGUCUGAUUCAUUCCUUACUGAGGUGUGGGGCUGUGACACUCUGUGGUACCUGACAACACAGUGUUAACACAACACAGGUUAAUGCAGGAAUAGCACCACACAGCAGAGCAGCUAUUAGCUAAUAGCACACCUGGUCCACCUGCCUGCCUAGAGCACAGAGUAGGUGUGAUUCUUUAGAUGCCAGGGACACCAUCUUCCUGGCAAGCAGAGAAGGAUCUGUGUGUAGGGUGGAUAACACAGGAGACAGACCCUUAGUUCUCACCUGACAUAAAACAGUCCCAGUUGCCAGCUAGGAUUACACGUACAGGGAGGGGAGGAGAGCUGCUUGUGCAGAUACCAUAGGUUUCAAGGAGUCCUUCAGCCUGAAGGAAUGCCAUACUCCAUUCUUCACCCCUUUGCAUUUUCACACUGUGUAAAACUUGUUCCUCCUCCCAGAGCAGAUGUAUCCUGCCCUGUAUAAUCCCAGCAGUGUUGGGAAAAAUAAGCGACUCCACUGAGAUAGUUCAGAAAAAACAGAAAUAUAUAAAUUGGAAGAAAGCUUAUAAGGUCCACACCUCUGCUGCCACCUCCAUGCACUUAGCAGCACUCUCCCAGUGUACUGCCUUGUAUGUCCUGCCUGUGAGUGUGUAUCUGAUGAUAAAUAAAUUACAUUGCCAUGAA